CAACACCAAACAUAACAAACUACAAAUUAACCAUGAAGUUUCAAUUGUUCGCCUUAGCUUUCUUAUUAGCUGUGGCGACUUGUAAAGGCCAGGAAGAUUAUACUUGCGAAGAGAACGAGCCAUUCCAUUGUAACCAAACUAGUCGUUUCAAUGGUAAAAGUUUCGGCGAAGAUUUCAUCUUCGGUGUAGCCUCUUCUGCUUACCAAAUCGAAGGUGGUAGAGGUCGUGGACUUAACGUUUGGGAUGGAUUCACUCACCGAUACCCAGAGAAAGCAGGAGCCGAUUUGAAGAAUGGAGACACUACUUGUGACGCAUAUACAUAUUGGCAGAAAGAUAUAGACGUGAUGGGCGAACUCAAUGCUACUGGCUACAGAUUCUCCUUCGCGUGGUCAAGAAUCCUUCCACAAGGAAAGAGGAGUAGAGGUGUGAACCAAAAUGGUAUUGACUACUACAACGGUCUUAUAGACGGCCUCAUAGCAAGGAAUAUAACGCCGUUCGUUACCCUCUUUCACUGGGACCUUCCUCAAACACUACAAGAUGAGUAUGAAGGUUUCUUGAACAGACCGAUCAUGUAUGUCAUUUAUGCUACGCUGCUUAUUAAGAAUGACGAAAGCAUAUAA